UAGAAUUUCACACCUCGAUUUCGUGCAAUUCAUUCUCCUCAAAAACAAUCGUCAUUCGUAAAUCCAAGAAAUCGCAGCCGACCCACGUAAAUUUCCACCCACGUGUUCCGACGACGCUCUCUCGUGUGCGUGCGUGUCACAGGCUGUGUAUGCAGAGCGCGCUCCUUACUCCCUUCGUAUCGUAGAAGUUGAAUGUGUGAUGUUUUCAAACGGGCUUCCGUGCAAUCUAGCAUUUCCCAGCUGUCUCGGUGUGCCAAAGGAUAGUGGAAGUGACGAGCUGCUGCCGACAAGCAUGGGAAGUCGCGAACCUGUCAUUCUCAACGUGUACGAUAUGUACUGGAUCAACGAGUAUACCACUUCAAUCGGCCUAGGGGUGUUCCACUCGGGGGUGGAGGUCUUUGGCACGGAAUUCGCCUACGGUGGCCAUCCUUUUCCAUUCACCGGUGUGUUCGAAAUAUCACCUCGCGACCACGAUGAGCUUGGGGAUCAGUUCCGGUUUCGGCAAAGUAUCCAGAUCGGUUGUACAGAUUUCACAGAAGAAGAGGUACGAAGAAUUGUGGAAGAACUUGGCAACCAGUUCCGGGGGGAUCGAUACCAUCUGAUGAACAACAACUGCAAUCAUUUUUCUGGCGCACUCACACAGAUCUUGUGUGGCCAGGAGAUUCCCAGCUGGGUGAACCGAUUAGCACACUUCAGCUCCUGUGUACCGUUUCUUCAACGCUGUUUACCAAAAGAAUGGUUGACGCCAAACGCCUUACAACAAUCGAUUACCGCCAUACAGGAUCGUGACUCCGACUCGAGUCCUUUUUGAGAGUAGCUGUCCGGUGUUACUCACGACGGCGAUGGUGAUGAUGACGACGACGACGACGACGAUACCUCCUCCACUUUUACCACUACUUUUAUUACCAUAACGUCUACUUUAAAGAACCCUGCAACCCUACGAUCACUGCGCCGAACACAACACCCCCGGGUGUUACCAGUUCGCUCCGAAUCCGAGAGCAAAUCGUGCAUAAAAAUCGAUUGACUUCACGCAAAUGCCACAAUUCGCGGGAGCAGCAAACAAUAAGAUUGUUUGUGGCUUUUAAUGACAUUUAACUUGCGACUCGCAAUCAACAGUGAGUUUAGUUUCCGGAAGUGCAAGUGACUCGGUGAGAUGGGGAUAAUUCCUCCAAACACCGGGAAGAUUCAAAGUACGUCGGCCUACCGAAACAUGUGGUUGGGGUUUUGCGUGCAAAAAUAGUAACAUUCGUAUAAAUGCUUUUGUACAUUAGUCACAUUCUUUUCUUUCGUAAAAUCCCAACUGGGACCCGGAGUGAGAAAAGCCUACUUCUCUUGUUUUAUUAUUUCGGAAUGAUAACUGCUUAUGUGCGUUUGCCGUUAGUUUAGCAAAUUUUAAUCUACGUAUGAGUUAUGUUAACAAAAUUUGAAGCAAAUUUGUUAAAUGCCUAGUUUUCGUUCUAAAUUACAAUGCUCUUCGACACUUCGCAAAAUAACUGACCAGCGACCAACCUGUCGUCCUGUCCUGUGUAAUCCUGCCGAGCAGUGAUGUCUGUACAGAGGAUUCGAUAAGCUAACCAGAACCAGAGACUGUCGAACUAAAAGUGGGAAACGCCUAUUGUUCGAAACGUUCCGUUUUCCGUAAACACCACAGCUCCACUCAUCAAUCACGAAGAAGAGCCAGUCAGCCAGCAAAAAUGUAGUGAAAAACAGGCAAACCAAAACUGAUGAUAUUACGUUGAUUCUCAUUAACUGGAAACUGGACUGAAAAGAAAACGCCCAUUACACGCUGCGAAGUACGUUGAAGGGGGAAGGUAUACAAUGUGUAAUAAAAUAUGUAAAUUAGUUCCAAACCAUGUGUCGAACGACGGAAUGGGUGAGUGAAGCUUUAUUAAAGAAAAAAAGAAACAAAUCGAGAUAAAUAAUCUAAUAGAUUCGUUAACAUAACAUAAGAAAGAUAAUAAACCAAGUACACCUAAACGAACAUUGGUACUUUGAAGUAGAAGAGGAUAAAAUUACCGUCGGUAGAGUUCUAAAGCAACAGAUAAACAAAAUCAACAAUUAAAAAAAAGAAAAUAGUAAGAUAGAGAGAAAGAGAGAGCUGGGUUCAACAGCAGACUAGCUAUAACCAUGAAGUGCAGCGUAAUAACGUAUGGGUAGUAGUACUUUUUAAGUAACAAAGAUGGGAAAACAUGUAAAUCUAUCUAUGUGCGUUGAAUAGAGAACACACAAGAGACAUCAUAUACACAUUAUAAAACGUUAACUGAAGUUUAAUUGAUUGACUAAUUGAUUACAUGUUUGAUUGAAUGAUUGUCCGUUGAGCGUGAGUAGGUUCAAAGUUUAUUCGGGCACUGAAAUGGCAGUUGUUGAUAAAAAGGUUUACGGAAAGGAAAGGCAAAGUCGAGACGCGUGGCAAACCAACCUUACACACUACAUCAUCACCAUUAGCAAUGACCCCCACUGUGUACAACCCCAUUCUACCUGAAACCAUCACAUCACACACAACACUGAACAAACUCGACAUACCAGAUACGCACCGGAAGGAAUCUAUUGAUCUUUAUUGCCAUAGGAUUUAAGCAGGAGUUCCCCGAAAGAACAAAACAUCACAAAAUGGGGGGAUCUACAGCGUGUUAGAUGCGAAAUGAGAGAGAACCAGACAAAAACGAAUAGCAAAGCACGUAUCGUACUGACCGUUAGUAAAGUAUUACACUAUUAUACAAACGAUCAAUAUCCUGUUAUUGUCCAGGAACGGAUUAUUUUGUAUCGAAUUUAUUUUUAACCCUCCAUACAUUAACGCACCGGGAUUUCUUAUUCCGGCAUCGCAACAGACGGCAUACCGUGGAGUUAAUUCAAGAUAUUUAGACAAACAAUCAAUCAAUCGACAAAGAAGAGAAAGAUCUUGCUGGGUGGUUUGUUUUGUACCAAGAUUCGAUUUCGCCCGUUGCACUUCUACAAAAUCCAAAGUAAAGUAAAGAGAAAGAUAAAACAAACGCAAGAAAAGAAACCUGUUACGCAUAAACCUGAGAAUAUAGCAGAGUACUAUUAGAAACUAAUAUUACUACUACUAUUAAUCCUAAUGGGACUUCUCGAUUCUCGUACGCUCUCUUUCUCUGCAGUUCUAGAGGUAAUAAGCAAACGAUAGGUGAACAAGUGGAUUACUAAGAAAAGAAGAACACAGCGAAAACGAGGUAAACGAAACGAACAACAAUUGUAUAAUUAACGAAUAAAAAAAAAGGGAAAAUGUUAAAAA